AUGGACCCUGCUGGCAUGCGAGUCGGACGCCCUGACCCAAACCAGCAGCCGCCAAAGGGUUAUCCACCCAUGUUCCAACCUCCUCCUCACCCUGGCUAUCCUCCUUACCACCCAAUGAUGCCUGCGCCUCCAUAUGGCCCUUACCACCCACAAAUGCCCCCUCCAGGUCCCUAUCCUGGUCCCCACAUUCACCCAGGCUAUCCACCCCCGUACCCGCCGCCCCCAGGCGUUCCAAUUGGCGCUGCUCCGCCCCCUGCAUUGCCGCCCCCCGCCCAACAAGCUCCUCCGCCCGCUCCGCCUCCACCUCCACCUCCCCAGAGGCCACCGCCCCCUUCCAAAGGCACAGAUCCAAACGGCAACGAUAUGUCCAACACCGAGGCUCUCGCAAAGAACUUUGGUGUCUCGGCGGCAAUCGUCAACAACAUCCUGGGAAGUGCCCCAACCGACAGGGAAGAUCUCGCCGUUGGCUCGAAUGGCCUAUCUUCUGGCCGUGAUCGUUCAGAGCUGGAUGUCCCCCCGCGUGACAGCGCCCAGUGGAUUCAGGUUACAGCCCGACGCAAUUCGAUGUCUGGCUCGGUCCCCAAUACUAUUGCACUCUCGCGUCCUGUCGCAACGGGCCCGACUGCGAAUGUUUGGUUACCCAAGGACCGCGAGAUGGCCAACCACAUCGUCGACGUCUACUUCACCCAUCUCAAUCUUCAUCGGCCAGUGUUUUCCCGGAAGGACCUCCAAAAGAUCAUGGACGACCUGUACGAUGGGGUGUCGUCAUAUGAUCCAGGCUAUAUCUGUAGCCUCUAUCUCAUUUUUGCGCUGGGUACUCUGAGUGAUCUUAAUCAUCGCGCAGUCAAGGCUGACGUCGACUUGACCGCCGAAGUCACGCAGCAUCUGGGAUCUGCUAUGGCGAAGAAGCUCAUGCCGCCCACCUGGCCUCAGCAUGAUGAGUUCUUCCAAAGAGCGUUGGCGGUCAAGCCAGACCUUCGUGUCACCAUAUCGAGUCUGCAGGCUUUGAUCUUGCUUCAUUGGUAUCUCUAUACUGAACGACAAGGCCGGACGCUUUGGAGACUGGUUGGCAGCCUCGUUCGGCUGUCCAUUGAAUUGGGUUUGCACCACGACCCCACUACUCAAUUGAACACUUCCAACGAUAUGCCAGAUGGAACAACAACAGAGCAGAAUGUUUUCACGGAAGAGGAAUGUCAACUUCGAAUUCGGCUGUGGGGCAUCGUCUUAAUCCACGAUCGUGGAACAUCUAUCCUGCUUGGACGCCCAUUGGCGAUCUCUCCAUCGGACACGAACACUCCACGCCCAACUCGCCCUCUGAAAGCCAGGCUUACCGACUUUUCGGAACACUUCGAUCUUUCACAUCCUGUCGCGGAGAUCCAGGCAGAUAUCAUCAACUCACUCUACACGCCGAACAAGCAAGCGCCAGACACCAUCAUGCGGAACGCGACGAGAAUUAUCAAGAGCAUGUCCGAGUUCCGACGGAGUUUGCCAGAGAGAUACCGCUACUACUUUAGUGGUACAGAAGAGUGGCCAGUAGAUGAUCGAAUUCAACUGGUCCAGAAGAUCACAGAAGAUGAGGGCUUGACGCUGCUGAAGAUAGGCAUUGCUAGGAUUCUACUUCUCAGAGCUCUCUUUAGCUCGAAGGAACUUUCCUAUGUCCAUCGCCGCAAGGCCUUGGUUGAUGCUAUCAUCACAUCUCACAACACGAUCGUCAUUCACAAUCAGCUCAUCCGUUUCCCAGACAUCGCCUUCUUCACGUCGCCUAUCCCAUUGCACAUCGCGGCCAUGGUCAUACUAUACGGCCAAAUGUCCAAAGUGGACUGUCUUCCUUUCAAUACCGCAUUGGAAGACCUCUGGCUUGCACUGGACAUGCUCCCUCGUUUCCGAUGGCGAUGGGAACGAAAAGACUUUGGUGGAGCCCAUCCUCUCAUUUCACGCCUCGCUGAGCGCGUGAUGAACGUCAACCUUCGUACCUACACGCCUACAGGAAACCCUGUCCUCAUGUGUGAACCAGAAUGGGACGAGGACUCCAACAUUUCGCCCAUUCCCAAAUCUCAACAAACAACUCCCACCCUCGCGGCUGCUGGACCUGGAUAUGCGCCGCAGGCGAGCGGUCCUCCCAUUUACGGGCCACAGCCUCGCACCCUGGCUCCUGGUACGGGAAACGGUAACCAAGGAAUGGGCGGUGGCAGCCACAGUAGUAGCGGAGGCUCGACGCCUCAAGAGAAGGCGCUGGUUGACGUCCCGACCAACUUGUUUUACCCUUUCUACCCUGAGAACGCGUCGGGAAACGCAGCGAACACCAACGGGACUGACCAACAGGGAUACACGCAUAUACUCGCACAAGCUGGAUCGGCUCAUGCGAGCAGCUACGGAUGCCAGCCUUCGCAUGAUUCGUAUAUGUCAGAGGAACGCGACAUCGCACCUGCCGCGCCUCACCCAGGUCACGGGGCUCCUCAAACCCCACAACAGCCCUCAGUGGCGAUGUGGAUGAACGUGCAACAGCAAGUGCAAGUUCCUCCUGGUGCUCCUCCUGGUGCUCCACCCCGCCCGCCUAUGCAGCCAGUUUACUCCGUUCCAUCAUCACAUCCUUAG